CGUUGAUGAAAGCUGUGAACGGAGGUCACGUAACGUGCGUUCGAGAACUUGUGCAGAAAGGAACUCAUUUGGAGAUGCGGAAUGAAGACGGCAAGACAGCUCUGGGUAUUGCAGCAGAUCAGAACCAAGCGGAGAUUAUCGCCAUACUUCUGGACGCUUGUGCCAACGUCAACUCUCGCUCUUCCGGCUCGAAGACUCCUAUGAUGAUUGCAGCCGAGAAAUCACACAUAGCGGCCAUGAGAGCUUUGACUCGACAUAAAGUCGACUUGAACGUCAGGUGCGCACUGAAACACACAGCAUUGUCGCGAUCCGUAAAGAGGAAGCACACUGAAGCUGUCUUGCUCUUAGUGAAGGCCGGUGCAGAUGUCAAUGCUCGAUUCGAACACGACAAAACGCUCCUAAUCGACACUGUAGAAUCUGGCGACCUUGAGAUUGUACAGAUCUUGGUAGAUUUCGGCGCCGACAUUCGUCUCGAAUCUUCCAAGGGAAAGACAGCCACUUUGUACGCUGCAGAAAGUGGCCAUGUGGAAUGCCUGCGCGUCCUGGUUGACAACGGUGCGGAUCUGUUUGCAGCCGAUGAUCGCGGCAGGACUGCGGUCAUGGAAGCUGCACGUGAAGGUCGGACCGAGUGCUUGAAGCUGCUCAUAGAAAGGAGGCCACUGGCGGAGAAGUCUCUACUCAAUUUCCAGGAUAAAUUUGGCUGCACGGCCCUGGCUCUGGCUGCACGAGGUGGUCACGAUGAAUGCGUCACGCUUCUUCUGGGUGCCAAUGCCGAUGUCAACAUCGCGGAUAAGCAAGGUCUCACGGCUCUAAUCGAUGCUUGCGAGACUAGAAAGUGGUCAUGCGCCAGACUUCUGGUCGAGUCCGGCGCCGGAGUCGGUGCAGCUACAGAGGGCGGUCAGACGGCUCUUCAUCUAGCUGCACUUAAGGGAAAUGUUGCCACGGUGACAUUGCUGCUGAAUAACUCCGCGGCAAUAGAUCAUGAGGACAAGGAAGGCAAGACGCCGCUGGGCAUAGCUGCAGAGAAUGGUCACCGCUCAACUGCUCGCGAGUUGCUGCAGCGAGGAGCGAAGAUGCCCAUGGGAAUCGACGCACACCCGCUUGUGCUU